UUUAGCUAUUCUCUAAGGUAUCCUAGAGCUUAGCUGAAGAAACCCAGAAGAGCUUCAAAGCAAUUCUCUCAUUUCAACCAGAAAAAAUGAAGGCAGUGGAAGUAGAACGUGGAGAGACGUCUACCCUUAUUGCUGCAAAUGCAAGCAGCCCAAUGAUGAACAAAGGGAUCUCUAUAUUAGACUUCAUUCUCAGGAUAGUUGCAGUUAUAGGAACCUUAGCAAGUGCCAUUGCCAUGGGUACCACUAAUGAAACACUCCCUUUCUUCACUCAAUUCAUCCAAUUCAGAGCUCAAUACAGUGAUCUCCCCACAUUCACGUUUUUUGUGGUAGCAAAUGCAAUUGUAAGCACAUAUCUCAUAUUCUCUCUUUUCCUUUCCAUCUUCCACAUUGUGAGGAGUGGAUCAAGAACCAGUCGAAUCGUCUUGGUCUUCCUUGACUCGGUAUCGAUGGCUCUAUUGACUGCUGGAGCAUCUGCGGCAGCUGCAAUAGUGUAUUUAGCACACAAAGGGAAUGUCAGAGCAAAUUGGUUUGCGAUAUGCCAGCAAUUCAACUCCUUCUGUCAGCGUAUCUCUGGAGCUCUCAUUGGAUCCUUUGUUGGAAUUGUUGUGUUUAUUCUUCUAAUUUCAAUGUCUGCUGUGGCAAUUUCCAGACGUUGAUGAGGCCAUGAUUAAUUCAUGUUAAUAAUGUCUGCAAUACAGUGAUGAUUCUGGUGUUUGUAUGUUUUAGUUUUUUCAUGUGGGAAGAGGGUUUUGUUGUGUCAAGAAGGUCUUGCUGUUUUCCUUACAUUAAUGCCAUUGUUGGUUGAGAAAAAAGAUUUCUAUAUGUAAUUCUCUGGAGUCCAUUUCAAUAUUUUCUUAUACAUGGCUCUUAUUUAGUAUGCAUGUCACU